GACUGUGCCCUGGGUGAGCGGCAGCAGUAUAUAAAGGUGGCGGCGAAGGUCCCUGGCAGCCAGUGGAGCGCCGACUAGACCUGUCCUGUGACAGUGUGAGUCGCCCAGAUGCGCUCCGUAUUACUCUUCACCGCCCUCGUGGCGUCCGCCCUAGCAGGACCCACAGGUUACAGAGAGUCCUGCGCGGUUCACUGCAGUCAGGACAACAUCUUCUCUUACCAACCAGGAUUAAGUUAUGGCUACGAAUACUCUGUCACUACCAACACUGCCCUUCUUGGAGACUCUGAUAAUGGCGCUACUGUCACCAUUACCGCCCAGGCACAUAUCGACGUGACUGCACCCUGCGAGCACACCCUCAGACUGACCGAUGUCAGCCUGCAAGGGUCGACCCGCGCCGAGGAGAUGGCGGCUGCGCUCACCCGCACCAGCCUGCGCUUCUCGUUCCAAGACGGGCGCGUGGAGGAGUUGUGCGCCGCGCCCACCGAGGACAUUUGGGUGCUCAACCUGAAGCGAGGCGUGCUGUCAGCCUUCCAGACUUCCCUCACGCGGCCCGGCUCAGAGGAGGUGCAGGAGACAGACGUGCAGGGCGUGUGUCUGACGCACUACGACAACAAGCUGGAGGGCGACCUGCUCACCGUCACCAAGCAGAAGGACCUCUCCUCGUGCACCAAGCGACCUGACUUCACCUCCUACCUCGCCUCCGCCUCCUCCUCCUACAACACAGACUCGCCCGUACAGAGCUGGCCCCUGCUGGACAGCACCAGCGGCUGCCGCCAGAUUGUGGAGGGCGGCAUCCUAACCGAGUCCUCCUGUGAGGAGACCCACACCUUCCGCCCCUUCUCCGGACAGACUGGUGGCGCCUCCACCACGGCCACCUCCCGCCUCAGGCUGGUGAGCCGCGACGGCCCUGUGCCGACCUCCACAGAGCAGCAGUUCACCAGGAGGACCCCAGUGUUCGAGACCCUCACCGGCGCCUCGCCCCACAGCCAGGCCGAGGCUGUCACCGCUCUCCUCACUCACCUCGAUGAAGUCUCCAGCCAGGAAGUCCGGCCCGAAGCCCCGGCGCUCUUCUCCAGGCUGGUCAUCGCCCUGCGCGGCCUCGAUUACCCGGUGCUGUCCAAGGUGUACGCCGACACCACGAAUACGCACUCCCGCAAGUUCCUAGUGGACGCCAUGCCGCUGGUGGGCACCGCCGCUGCCGCCGCCGUCGUCAGGGACAUGUACACCAACGGCGACCUGAGCCAGGAGGAGGCCGACGCCUGGUUCACCUCCCUCACCUUCCUCAAGAACCCGACCUCAGACAUGUUCACCGCCAUUGCUCCCAUGCUGGAGCGCGACCCGAGCCAGAGCGCCAUGCUGGGCACCUCAGCGCUCGUCAACACCUUCUGCAAGAUCAACAGUCGCUGUGGCGAGGACUCCGGCGUGCAGCAGGUGAUGCGCCGCGUGGAGGCCCAGCUGGGCUCAGGCUGCCGCGCCCUCAAUGAACAACAAAAGGUCAAGAUCCUGGUAGCUCUGAGGGCCCUGGGCAACGCCGGCCGCUGGGUGAACGCUAAGCAGGUGCUGGAGCGAUGCUACACCGAGAACAACGACAUGGAGGUGCGCGUGGCGGCCAUCGAGGCCUGGAGGCACACGCCCUGCGAAUACGACCGCGCUAACCUGCUGGCCGCCUACCAGGACGAGGAGCAGGACUCAGAGGUACGCAUCGCAGCCUACCUGUCCGUCAUGACCUGCCCGACCCCCGCUGUGGUGGCCGCCGUCAAGGACCGUCUUACCUCCGAGGGCGUCAACCAGGUGGGAUCCUUCGUGUGGACGCACCUCACCAACCUGCAGGAGUCUGCCGCGCCCGGCAAGGAGUGGGCGCGCGUCCUACUGGGGGAGGAGCUGCUCGCCAACAAGUUCAACACUCAGGCGCUCAGGUUCUCACGCAACUACGAGUCUUCUUUCUUCAUGAACGAACUGAACGUGGGCGCCUCCGUGGAGAGCAACGUGAUCUUCUCCAGCAAGUCGUUCCUGCCACGCUCCGGAAUGCUCAACCUCACCAUGGACUUGUUCGGCGAGUCCGUCAACUUGUUCGAGGUGGGCGGCCGCAUCGAGGGCUUCGAGUCCUACCUGGAGCGCCUCUUCGGCCCCGACGGCCACUUCCCCGAGGAAACCGUCGCCGCCGCCCUCAGGGGUCUGCGCCAACAGAAGCGUGAAACCGAAGCCACCACGUUGGAACAGUUCCUGGAGGAGGCCACCGACGAACCCCGCGGCUCCUACUACCUCCGCCUCUUCGGUAACGACGUGCACUACCGCCACUUCCGCGGCCUGGGCAGCAGCGACGAAACCACGACCAGCCCCUUCGCCCUCCUGAUGGAGCUGGCGCGCGGCGGCAAGGUGGAUUACACCAAGUCCUACCAGCUGCUGGACACCCACUACUCCGUGCCCACCGUGACAGGCCUGCCGCUCACCCUGGGCGCCCAGAGCACGGCCACGGUGGCUCUCAGGAUGGACGGCUCCUUCAGCAUCCAAAGCCUCACCAACGUUGACAUCCAAGGACACCUCCGUCCCUCGGCGGCCGUGCACGUGGACGGCGUGAUGGUAGUGGACGCCCACGUGACACGCGCGGGCGUGAAGGUAUCCUCCACCAUGCACACCUCCACCUCUCUGGAAGGCAAGGUGCGCGUCAGCGGCGGCACGCUGGUGGACGUGGCCUUCGACACCCCCAAGGAGCGCACCGAGUUCAUCGACAUGGAGACCAAGUACUUCUACGUGCGCGACGACAAGGACGAGGAGAUGCAGAAGGAAGAGCCCGUGAUCACCACGUGCGGCUUGGACAUAAUGGGCAUGCAGCUGUGCAAGGAGGUCGCCAUUCCCUCCUCGUCUUGCUUCAGCCUGCCCACCACCCUCAAGGCCUACCUCAAGAAGACUGACACCCAGACCGGCUACACCCUCCGUUAUACCAAGACUACCAACGAGAUCUCCUUGCUGUUCGACUCCCCAGGAGCGCAGAACUCCCGCCGCGUGGCGCUCUCCCUCGAGGCGCACGACAACAAGUUGCUCGCCAGGAUGGACUCCUUCUUCAUCAAGGCGGAGAUGCACGGCGAGUACGUGUGGCAGCACGACAGGAAGUCCGUCAAGACAGAGGUCCAAGUGGGUGAAAAUAGGUUGCUGGUGAAGGGCGCCCUGCUCACUGCCUACGGGGAGGUCCUGCAGGUGGAGCCCUCCCUGGAGCUGUCCAUGAACGGCGAGGAUCUAUUCAACACCAAGGCGCUGGUCAUCGCCGACACGCAGCAGAACAAGUACUCCCUCCAGGCCUCCUUCUACCACCCCUUAAUGAGGGAACCCAUCUCCUUGAAGGCUACCUUCGAGAAGCACCAGGAGGGCGACGCCACAACCUACUCCGUCAGGAUGAACGUGGACGACCGGCAAAUCUCCCUGGAAUAUGAUGGCACUAUUUCCCCAAGUGACAUGAACACCAAGUUCGUCAUGAGGUACGGCCCCAUUGACUUCCUGGCAGAAGAGACCUGGUCACACACGUACGAGAACGGCGUCAGGAACAUCAAGGGCACAAUAGCUUCAAGUAGUGAGCAUCUCGGAUUCAACACGAAGUCCGAGAGCGAGUUGACCUUGGCGCCAAACGCUAUUCUGUUCAAGUCUAAGGUUGAACAAGUCAUUAGAUUUGAGCCGCUAGUCCAGACACUCCUCAUCGACCUCCAGCGUGACCCAGGGACCUCCCUCACUGCAGUCAUUGAUCUGGACUCUACUAACACGAAGUUCAUCGCCAAUGCUGACUUGAGAAAAGCCAACCCCGGUCAUUACACUGGCCUGGUACAAGCCAAGACUGACACGCCAAUGACUGGAAAAAUGACCCUGAUUGACGCCAGUGCCUCCAUGAAGGACAACUCUCAGCCUGGCACCUUCAAUGUCAACGCCGAGGUUUCUGCCGCCAUCCCGAUGACCACAGUGACUUUGACCUCCGAGAUGUACGGCGACCGCCAGCAAGGGAAAAUCAACUUACAGACUCAGAUUGGCGACAAGGAAUUCGGUCUGAGAAUGGAAGCCACUCCCUCGUCCCUCCUGAUUGAUGCUAACGUUGUGAAGCAUGUUGUUGUGAACGCUAAGAUCAACCCUCAGGGGCAGGAGAAGACCCUGCUCGUUAACGUGGAAUGGGACAAGACCCUGAACCCCGACAACACCUUCAAGAUCGAAGGAAAAAUCCAACCUGGAGCCAUCUCAGCGGAGUUCAGAUUCCUGGACAAGCAGUUCUCUGCCGCUGGACGGCUGAUGAGAGAGGGCGUGGAGGUAGAGGCCAACUGGUCCCCCAGCCAGCGCGUGGCGGCCACGCUGCGCUACUCACUGGACGCCGCCCCGUCCCUCACGGCAGCCGUGGACACCACCUUCCCGGGCUGGGAGAAGCAAAGCGUGGACAUCACCACCUCACUCCAGGACAACGAAAUUACCUGCCGCGCCUCCGCCACGUGGAAGAACAGCCAGCAGGCGACCCUCUCUGUGAAGGGCCGCUUACAGCCCAGCGGCUCCGUGCACGCUGAGGUCAUGUUCACCAGCACUGUAGCUGACCUGGAGCGCCUCUCCCUUAGCUUUGACCACGAGAUGGCCGGCGCCGCCAUAACCUCUAGCCUGCAGGGUGUCUGGAACCACCAUGAACUGAACGGUUCCCUGCAGCUGGCGCCCAGCGACUCUGGUGUGGACGGCCUAGCCACCUUCAUCUCUCCCUUCACGCAACCUUUCAAAGCAGUUCUGGCCCACACGCUGCAGGACGCGUCCCAGGACACCACGCUGCUGGUCUCCUACGGCAGCACAGAGCUGGUGCACCUGACCAGCGCGGGGCGCCUCAGCCUGGCCCCGGGGCAGCACGACGUGGAUCUCGCCCUCAAGCUGAGGACGCAGUUGGAGGUGGUGCCGGAUAUGGAGGCCACCGUCAAGUACACGAUGGACGGCGCGGCGCUCAGCCUGCAGGUGGACGGCAAGGCGGGCCAGCGCAAGAUGAUGCUCAGCGUGACGGGUCAGCACACCGUGACGGGCGACACCACCAACGUGUCUGGCGAGCUGAGGUUCCUGACGCCCUUCACACAGCCGCUCACAGCCUCGCUCUCCCACACCCACGACAGCCGCCGCUUCACCUCUCAGUUCGAGGUGACCCGCAUCUGGUCCACGUACAGCUUCGGCUCCCUCAAGAUGCACGCCGAGGGACACAUGCUGUCCCAGAACGACAUCAACCUGUCUGCCUACAUCAGCAGCCCCGAGACCAAGGGAUCCUUCUCCUUCACGCACAAGAUUGAGAACAACAACCUGACCACCUCAGCCAAGGUGUACGCCAACAGGGAGCUGCUCUCUGUCUCUGUGACAGGCACACUGGACGCCGCCGCACGCCUCCUCAGCCUGGAGGGAGACGUCACCUCGUCCUUCGAGGAGCUGGAAAUGAAGGUGAAGGUGGACAGUAGGACAGACGGCAACACACAGAACACACAAGUAACCGUGGCCCGCGGCGCCCACCAGGCCACCCUCACCCAUUCCUUCACCGCCACCGACGCCCUCAACUGGGAGAGCGUGCUCACCCUCAACGAACACUACACGCUGCGGAACAAGAUGGCGCGCGUGGGGGAGGAAUACCAGCACGAGACUGAUCUCGCGUGGCCCGACCAGCGCCUGGCCCUCCACGGCCGCCUCACGCCUGUGCUCACCGCCUCCUCACGCAAGCUGGACGCCCACCUGGCCUUGGCCACGCCCUGGGAGUGUCUCCGCGACGUUAAGAUCGAUCUGCACUCCGAGCAGCAGACCGCAGGAGAGACCAGAAUCUCCGCCGAAGUGGAGUACAAGCCGGGAAGCAAGAUCCUUCUGUCCACCAGGAACAAUUACAGCCACGAAGGACAGUUGUUCUCCGCGGCGACUUUAACCACCCCCUUCUGGCAGCCGCUGGGCUACAGCCUCACUCUCACCCUGCGGCCAGAGAAGACCGCCGUGCUGGUGCUCACCCGAGGCCAGGUCGAGACCACUGUGCGUCUAGCAGGCGACUACCACCACGACCGCGCCAACAUCUCCCUCGGCCUCACCACGCCUUCCCUCCAACAUCCGCUGGAAAUUGAGGCGUCCUACGUCAUCAACAGUCCAGCAGUGAGCGUGGCCGUAGCCGCCACUUACCACGGCAAGUACGAGGCAAAGGUGACCCUCUCCGGCAGCGCAACCAACGCCACGUGCGAGCUUGACCUGUGGGAGUCGUACAUGGACGGCUCCUCCUGGACCCCCGUGCACCACUUUGAGGGACGCUGGCAGCACCAGCUGCAGGCGAUGCCCUUCAACGUGAACGGCAAGGUGAUGAUUGACUCUGCCACCUACCAGGCAGCCGCCACGCUGGAGCAGACAGCUUUCACCAGCACCGUGGUGCUGGACGGCAGGGAGGGAAGCCUGGCGGCCACGUGGCUCCUGCAGCCCACCAACACUAAUCUCAGCCUCGCCUUCCAGUCCCCCGUGCACAUCAUCCAGGACUUCAAUGUGGUCGUGGCCUAUGACGUGGCCGCCCUGCAGGGCCAGGCCAAGGUGAAGUACGGCAGCCAGGAGGUGGACCUGCGCGCCAAGAUGGAGGACCAGACCUUCGUGUUCGAGGGCAAGACGCCCUUCGCCGGCUGGGAGGUGCUGGGCGCGUCCUUCUUCGCCUCUGGCACCGCGAUCAACGCCCACGUACUGCGCAACGAACGCAAGAUUGAGGUGACGGGCACGCAGCAUCUGCGCCCCGCCAAGGGCAAGGUGGAGCUGGUGGUGACCACGCCCUACCAGGGAUACGAGACCGUCGCCUUCGACGCUUCCUACAACUUCCUCGGCGAGAACAAGACCAUCAAGUUCAAGGCAGUGUACGGCACGGCCGAGUUCUUCGCCAAGGGCGUCGUCAAGAUGGCCGACCCGCUUACCCCCAAGGUGACCCUUAAUAUCACCACGCCCUUCGCUGAGCUGCGCACGCUGCGCGCCUCCGCCAACUGGAGCCUGGGCGAUGCCACCAAGACCGCUGCCGCCAAGGUGGUGUACAACGAGCAGGAGUUCAAUUGGAACCUGGAGGUCUCCCUGGAAGGAAAUACGCAGCAGCUCACCUCCAGGGUAACCUCUCCCUUCCCUGGGUGGACCCAGGCCGCCGUGCAGGCCUCCAUCUCAGUGGCUGAGUCGCCCUACCAGGUGCGCGUAACCGUGCAAAAGGAGGGAGUGAACCAGGACUUCAGUGGCAGGCUUAUGCUGAGCGCCAACACCAUCCAGGGCGAGGUGAAGACGCCCAUCCCUGGCUGGGAGGUGGUGGCGCUGGACGGCACCUACGCUGCCCGCCACGACUCCUUCUCUGCCGCCAUCCGUGCCACGCGCGACAACGACAACUAUGAAGUGAACACCGACGUCUCCUUCAGCGCCCUCAACCCCAAGCUGAAGGUGGCGGUGACCACGCCCUUCGCCCAGGCCGCCAGUCUCCAGCUGGAGGUGGAAUCAAGGCUCUCAGAACCCCAAAAGAUCCUCAAGACAACUUUCUCCAGGAAUGAGGUAGUUUAUUCCGCCGAAGUAACGUUCAGAGCGGAGAACAAGACUGGCUUCCUUACUGUCAACCUCAGGUCUCCCCUGCCUGGCCUGUCCAGCCUGGAAGUGGAAGGUACGUACGACCUGCGAGGUGACAUCAAGAAAUCAGAGGUCAACGUGACGAAGGAGGGCGAAAGGCAGCACUUCGCGGUGGCGGCCACGCUAAAUGACAACCACGUGGUACUGGACGUGGCCACGCCCUUCCCAGGCUUCCAGGUCAUAAAGAUGGACGCCGACUACACCAGCAGCGCCCUUGGCCAACACCUCCUUGUCGCUAACUUCGUGAAGGAUCGCCAGACUUACAACUUCCAAGGAAGCGUGGAGCUGCGGGGCACUGGUGUUGAGGUGAGGCUGACCACGCCCAUCACGCCCAUCAGCCGCGUGGUGCUCAAUGCUGACUACACGCUGCUCCGCGGCACUGCCCAGGGCUUCAUCCACUUUGAGAGAAACGACGACGUGUUUGAGCUUCGCACCCAGUGCCACCUCCAGCCCUCGGCCAGCAGCUUCUCUGUGGCCGUAGUGACGCCCGUGUCUGGCUGGACCAACCUGGCGCUCGACCUCAAGUACAACGCAGAGCCCAACAAGCUGGCAGCCAAGGCGCUCGUGCGGUGCGACGACUUCCAGAAGCAGGUGAGCGUGGAGGCAACGUAUGGCGCCGAGCGAGGCAGCGUGACGGUGCGCACCCCCCUGUCAGGCUGGGAGACGCUGGGCGCUGAGUACACGCUGACUGUGACGAGCAGCAGCGAGGCCAAGGCGCUCGUCAAGGUUAUCCACAACACCCGAGAGUUUGCCUUCUCUGCCUACGGCCGCUACACGCAGGAGAGCAUCACCCUCAAGUUCCAGACGCCCCUCCAGGGAUACGAGGAGUCUGUCCUGGAUGCCACCAUCAACGUGGCCACCAGGAACGUGAGGGGCAUGCUGCAGGUGGGCUCCUACGCCUUCUCCACCAACGCCUCCUACGUCAUCGGGGACAUGCUCCUGGAGGUGACUACGCCUUUCCCCGCCCUCCGCUUCGGUUCCGUGGCCCUCAAGCACGCAGCCAGCCCCGGCAGCCUGCAGGCCUCCGUCACUGUGGUUCAUAACAAGGACAACUACUUCCUGGUGGGCGAGGCCAGCGUGGCCCCUCGCGGCUUCCUCGCAGCAAUGCAGACCAAGACGCCCAUCGCCGCUCUGCCCAACGCAACACUCAAGCUCCAGGCGAACCUCGACAACAAGGCUGAGCUUGUCACCGCUCAAUUUACCGCUGGCGAGCGUUCCUACAGCCUGCUGCUGGCCGGGGACCUGCAGGAGAGCCUGGCCGUCGCCAAGGUGGAGAUGACCACGCCCUUCAUAGGCUGGACCCAAGUCAAAUUCGAAACUAAAGUGGACAUGACGCAGGAUGACAAGACCAUUGAAGUGGUGGUGGAGAGAGAAGGUGACGUGAAGGCAAUCAGCAUCCACGGCAAGCUGAUUGGUUCUGACCUCAGCUUCGACCUGAGGACGCCUUUCACAGGGCUCAACCGCCUCAACAUGUCCGGCAGCGUCAACCGCGCCAAGAGAUCCGUCGCCUUCCAGAUGAUGAACGACCAGGCCCAGGGUUCCAUCUUGGCCAGCUUCAACUGCGUUAAGUUUGAGCUCAAGACACCCUUCGCCAGGAUGGAGGAAGUCUCCUUCGAGAUCAAGAGGGAGGGUGACACAUACGAGGGUAUGUGGAAGAGGAAUGACAACUACCUCAUGCUGCAGAUGGUGAAGAACCCGGAGACGAACAAAGUUAACCUGGAGAUCAAGAGCGAGCUGCAGGGAUGGGAGUUCCUGGCACUGGCAGGCCGCCUUGACCAAAGGACAGUGGAGGCAUACGCCAGCGGCCAGAUCAACGAGAAGAAGGUAGAACUGAAGAUCACAGGCGAGCGCGAUGACAACAGAAGGACGAGGCACUACGAGCUCGACCUCAAGACGCCCUACGAUGACUACCAGCAUGUGACUGGCCAGCUCCGGUUCAGUCCAAGGAGAAGGAUGCUCAAGAUAGAGUCCAACUCGUCCAAUUUUAAGAUGGAAUUCAAGAGUAGCCGCCGCUUAGGAAUGGAACUGCAGAUGUUCGUGCCCAACCAGACCCAGAACACCGAACUCAAUGUCAACCUGAAACCCGAAGGUGGAAACAUCGACUUCACCUCCCGGUUUGAGUUCCUGAGGUCCCUGCACUACAACUACGCACUCACCAUGGGAAAGGAGAUCGAGAUGACGCAACGCAUGGAGGUCAACAGCAUGGAGAUAUUCACUAUGGAGCUCCGCGCCAACCCAGAAACUGACUUCCUGCACCUCGACAUCCACGGUCGCCUGGAGGGGCGCCACACCAACUUCCACAUCCACCGUGAGGGCUUCCAGACCUUCAACGUCAUCCUCAAGAGAGAGGUGACAGAGAGCGGCCACACCACCACCAAACAGCUCUCUCUGGAAAUGACAGGCAACGGAAACCUGCCCCAGCAGGGCAUGAUCCACGUCACUCUCACCAACAGCUUCGCAGCCGUCCCCCGCACCUCCACCGUGCACAUCGAGCUCGAUCGCACGUCCUCCCCGAAGCAUGUCAAAAUUGAGGUGACCCUGCCAGGCAGUAAGCUGUACGUCCUGGACAUAAACUACAACAUAGACCUAAGGAACCCCAGCGUCGGAGACUUCGAGGUGAGCAUCUCGACGCCUGACAGGCAAGCCGCUCCCUGGAAGAACUUCUCGGGCAGGUGGGACAUCCAAGACCCACAGCAGGCAAUGUUUGAAUUUGACCUAUCUGGCAGGAAGUACAAGGGGGAGGGCAUCAUGAGCCCCCUGGUGUCUGACCUGGUGUUCACUGCCGAUGGAGAGGAGGAGAAGUUCUUCCUGCAGUGGAGGUUCCUGCGCUCUGGCAACCAAAGGGACUAUUAUGUGAAGGUCGGUCCCGAGUCCUCCUACAGGAUGGCCAAGCUCAAGGGGUCUAUCCAAGGCAUUCAAAGAGGCAAUAUAGAAGGAGGCUUCAAGCUUUCAUUCCAGCCUGACGAGUUCCACUUCACCACCUCCUGGAACCUUGGCAAUGAUGGAACCUUCUCCAGCCAGGGUGACUUCACUUACGGCGAGGCCAAGGGCAGCCACCAGCUCAUGUUCCACCGCGAUGCUGCCAGCAGGUCCGCCACCUUCUCCUUCACCGCCAACUCCAGCCACAGCAGUUACCAGCAGAUAGAGUUGAGCGGCAACUACGAUGUGCUCAACAAGUUUGUGUUCAACACCCAGCUCACUAUCAGAGGCACAAAGAACCGCACCCACAAGAUCAACAUUGACAUCUCUGACCUCAACCCGCGGCGCUCCCGAAACUCCAUUGAGGUGGAGCUGAGCUUCCUGCCCCCUGAGUUCCAGAGAUUCCAGAUGACGCUCAACCACGACUUCCGCAACAACAACAACAAGUACAUCAAGGCCGAGGCGGUGAUUGGCGAGCGCGAGUCUCACCUCAACGCAGUGUGGAAGCGCAGUGAUGACUUCAGCGUCCUGGAAGGCAACCUGGACAUUAAUUCCAUGUUCAUUGGUGAGGUCGCCAUCGGCAUGAAGUACAACGUGGAGAACAUCAACGAUGCCCUCGCAGAAAUCCACUACAAGAGAACCAUCGAGGGCGAGCCUGAGAAGAGAGUGAACGCCCGCUGGACACGCAAGAGGACGCCCAAUCACCUCGAGACUGAGCUGGUCCUAGACUCCACCUUCGAGAGUUUGCAGAAUGCACGCGCCUACGCCACAGCAGACUUCUCUCAGCUGUUCAACCUCAACGCAGGCCUGGACUUCAAUGACCAGCACAUCACCAUUGUCCUCAACGUGAGCUCAGAAGCAGUCGACCUGAACAUCACCACGCCAUUCGAAGGCUUUGAGAGCAUCAAGGGAACCAUCAACUACAGUUUGGGAGGCAAGACACAAAGGGUGGUCCUCACUUACGAGCGAGGCUCACAAAAGGCUGACAUGGAACUCAUCGUGACCAGGAAGAAGAAGAAGAGCGGAAACCUGUCACUCGCGCUCACGACACCAUUCGAGGUGUUGCGCAAUUUGAAGAUCAACGCUAGCUGGGGCAGACGCCAGGCCACCGUGGACUAUGUGAGGAAUGAUGUGCACGUCACCAUGACUGGCACCGCGCAGCUCGAUGCCGACAAGUCUCAGUUCAACCUCUCAUUCACUGCGCCCAGCGGCAAGGCCGUCACCAUCGCCGCCGCCUAUGACGUGCAGGCUUUCAUCGCCGGCAGGGGCUCCAGGCCCAUUAAGCUGGCUGGCCUCACCGUUGACAUAGGGGACACAAGGGUCAUGUUCGAGCUGAAGGGUUUCCGCAGUGAUGAGCGACUCUAUGUGGAGAUUAACAGCGAGACAUCCUUCCUGAGGCUGCGCCACCUGCACCUCAAGCUGGACUCAGAACUCAACACGCAGCAGCGCGAGGGAACCUUUGAGUUCAGGCUCAAUGACUUUGUCUUCGAGGUGCACAAUGAGUUCGUGAGGUACGAUGACGGCUAUUAUAUCAAGAGCAGGGUGGAGUCCUCGCUGACGCCACUGCCGGCACUCGUGUUUGGCCUGGGCCGCCGCGGCGACGAGCGCAUCUUUACCCUCGGCUAUGGAGAAGAGAAGGAGCUCACUUUCUCCAUCAAGGCCAAGAAUAACUUCCGCAGCGGCUUCAGUGGCUCAGUGGACAUCCCCAAUUUUGGGUACAACGGCGUGCAGUACGACGUGAACUACAGGUUCCCCAGCAACGAUGAGCUGGAGGUGAAGCUUGAGGCGCAGCUUGGCGCCGACGAUCACCUCGAGGCAGAGUUUGAGUACAACUCUGACGGCGUGAAGGCGCGCCUCAUGUCCCCCUUCACUGGAGAACACAGCGCUCGCGUCCGCCGCUCCAUCUCCAGUGACAGCUUCUUCACUGAGGUGGGCUUCGAUGACUUCAACCUGAGGCUGCGCGGCGGCUUCAAAGAUGGCGACAUCAAGCGUGGCAUCGUGCUGGAGGCAGACAUCCUCGGUCGUCUCUUCCUCUUUAACUACCAGCUGCAGUCUGAGGGCCCACGGUACACGGAGGGUAAGCUGGUGUUGCAGACUCCCUUCCGUGGCUGGGAGAAAAUGGGUGGUAUGUUCACAUUCUCCAAUGUCAACAAGCAGGUGGUGAUGCGUGCUGAGGUCUUUGUGCCCUUCUUCCUUAACAUCCCAAGGAUCACAGCGGGUGUCGACCUCGACCACAACAACGACAAGAUUGUGGGCCAGGCGACGCUGGAUGUGGCAGGAGAACAGUUCCUCCUGAGGACCAACCUUGUGGGCUCCUCUCUGGUCCAGGGCUUCCAGGGCUCCGUCACACUGCAGACACCUUUCCACACCCUCCCCAGCCUCGAGGUAGCCGGCAAGUUCAAGAUGCCCUCCAUCAGGAACCUGGAGGCUGAUCUCAAAUUCAUCAACAUGUAUGGCACAUACGAAGUUGACCUUUCCUAUGAGGUGACUCAGAGCCAGGUAAAGGCCAACGCCACCAUCCUGCCAGGCCACCUUAUCGGCAACAAGAUCUCCCUGCAGCUCGAGUCUCUCUCCCCGACCCAAAAGAAGCUGGAGGUCCGAGUUGAUGAGGAUUACAUCACUGCCGAGUACACGCUGGCGGCCUCCACCUUUACCGUAAACAUGGACACGCGUCUUUCCGGAGUGCAACGGCAGCUCUCCAUCAGCACCAAGUACUCAACACUGGACGACCUAGAGGGCGCAGUAGUCGCCGUCCUGGGUGAGCAGCGCCACAAGGUGCAAGGAGCCCUCAGCAUCGCCGACGGUCGUGUGCGUGGUGGAGUCUUGCUGGACUCUUCUUUCAUUGGCGGGGUGCGCAGGCUGGACUUCAACACCUCCAUGCCCGGCAUGUCCUUCAAUCAGGUGACCUUCAGCGUGAGUCUCACGGCCACGCAGACCUAUGCCUUCUCCAUGGACCUGGACACACGUGCCGGAGUGAUGGCCACUGCACAGAUUGACACACCCGCCCUGCCCUCCACCUCUGUCAACCUGCAGCUGUCAUGGCCCCGCACUGCCCUCACAGUGACCACACCCAUGGCCAAGCACACUGCUGCAGUGUCCUGGAGACAGACCCGCAAGAUGCCUGCUGAUCAGAUUGUGAACGUGGAGCUGGACACACCCCUGCUGGGCCAGAGAUACGCCCUGCGCAUGGUGAUGGGCGGCGGCCGCUCCAAGGCCGUGGUGAAGGCUGAGCUGGAGGUAGGUAGCGUGACGCACCAUCUGGAAGCAAACACCUACAUGGGUGCCACCAGCGGUGGCUUUUCCCUAAGCAUCCAGACGCCCUUCAUGAACAUCCAGAAGGCCGCACUGCAAGGCUCCCUGGACAUGUCAGACACCGUGGAGCUCCAGGCCGUGGCCAGCGUGGCAGAAGUCACUAACACCUUCAUCUUCAUCUACAAUGCCAACAAAGGCACACUGCUGGCUGAGGCUGCAUCUCCCUACAUCCCUACUGGGCUGGUCAAGGCCACGGCUGAGGUGAGUGGUGCCUUGCCCAACCUUGGCUUCCAGGUGGCUCUCAUGAAUGCCCAGGAUGUCAUCUCUGGCCGCCUGGACAUCAAGGCUCCCUCUACAGAUGACAUCACUAUCCGUGCCACAGUCACCACCCCUCUGGAGUCCUUCAAAACCAUGAACGGCCUCAUCAAGUACCAGAAGACAGACGUAACCCAGCUCAUCAUCUCACUGGACCAUCCCAUCACCUUCAGAGCAGCUGCCAAGUUCGCCAACACCAGCGACAAGUUCACUGGCAACCUCACUGUCAAGACUUCCAUCACAAACUUUGAGUACUUGGAGGCAGACCUGGAGAUUCCCCUCACUGAGUUCUCGCCACGCGCCACCCUCACCCUGCCCACCGCCAAGUACGGCAUUGGUGUCAACUAUGCCACUGAAGGCUACCACACUGAGGCGGCAGCAACCAUCUACAUGGACAACAAUACCUAUGGCGGCACCCUGGGCUUCAGGAGUAAGGCACCCUACGAACUGGCCUACAAGUACCACAUCUUUAACACCAAUAGUGCCUUCCACCUACGAACAGACUCUUCCUUCCUCACCCUUCUGAUGUAGAGACGCAGCACCCUGCAGUGAAUGCUACUCAGCUCACACCCCCAAUCAGCCCUUGACAACCUAUCUCUAGUCAAAGGUCCUACAACAAGAAGAGAUUAAUGUGAAUACUGUCCCCUUCCUUACGUCCCUCCCCACCGACUCCGACAGCUUCAGUAUGCUAAUGUUAAUUAAUCCUAAACCAAUGUAUAUAGACCUAAAACCUGUAGCCCACUAUACCACUAGUAGAUAAUAUUAAUAAACUUACAAAAUAAA